CAUACGAGUACCCCUAGCUUAGCCAUAGCUAACAUGCAGCUCACAGCAGCAGCUGGUCCGGAGGAGGAAGCCGCGGCGGGGUCGUUGGUGGCGCAGGCGAGGAACCUGGCGUCGCGGCGAGGCCACGCGCAUGUCACCCCGCUCCACAUCGCCAGCGCCAUCCUCUCCGCUUCGCCCGCUCUCCUCCUACGCUCCUCAAACAGCAUUCACAACAACGACAACAUCGACGCGCUGGCGCUCUCCCUGGGCGCCGCGCUCGACGGCCUCCCCGUCGUGACGACGACGUCCCCGUCCCCGGCCCCGGCCCCGGCGGCAGCGCCUUCGAACGCGUUCCUGGCAGCGCUGAAGCGGGCGCGGAAGAAGCGCCGGCGUCGUAGCAGCAGGGCAGCAGCGGGCAGCAGCGAGGUCGAGCGGCUCGUGGCCUCCGUCCUCCUCGACCCCAGCGUGGACCGCGCCCUGCGCUCCGCCGCCAGCUUAUUACUACGACCGUCGUCUGAUCCUGAUCCUGUUCCUGAUCGUGGGACGAAGCAGCUGGCACGUCGGCACCAACGACCAGCUGCAGUCGUCCCCAAUGGAAGUGAGAAUCAAGCUAUCAAAGUGAAACCAAGACCAUCAGCGCGGGGCACGACGAAGCUCGGCCAUAACAAACUUCUGACCAGAUCAACACACCGCGGCCGCACCAGCAACAUUCAGGCUGCUUGCCGCCAGCCAAAAUUCACGGAGCUCACUGCGGAGAACCACAAGAUCCUUUGCGGCGCACUGAUGCUGCGCGUGCCGUGGCACGGGGCCAUCUUUCCCGGCAUAUCGACCGUCGUGCUGCUGUGCCGAUCCGGCAUGACGAGGAGGGCGAGGGAGAAUCUAACCAGCUCGUCGUCGAGGACGACGGCAACUUGGCUGCUCUUCCAAGGAAGGGACAAUGGCGGCGGCAACUUGGUUGCUCGGGAGCUCGCGAGGCUCGUGUUCGGCUCUUACUCGGAGUUCACUGCCCUGGAGGUGCUGGGUAACUCUGAUAUUAUUACUCCCACACGCAACGGCAAGCAGAUCCCCGCCAUCAAGGGGAAGAGAUCACUACUGAACAAUGAUUGUGGAGGCUACGUUGGGGAAAGGUUGUUCGAGGCGAUACGGGAAAACCCUCAUCGUGUUAUAUUGAUUAACGGCGUGAACAGGCUGGACCGUGAUUCGAAGACCUUCGUGAAGAACGCGGUGAAGGAAGGAACAGUGAGGGGCUGUAAUGGCGAGGUUGUCAGCUUGGAGGAUGUCAUCGUGGUGCUGAUGAACUCUGAAGUGGUCGACUCGGGGUCGUCCGUACUUUCGUCCCCGCAGAUGAAACGUCCACGACUGGGCAGGCAGAGCCUUGAGGAGGGAGAUGACAUUCAAAGGGAGGAAGUGAGAUCUCGUCGGUUGAGCAUUGAUCUGAAUGCUUCCCCAGAGCCUCAGGAAGAUGACGAAGACGAUUCGGCUGAGGAGAACGCGGGGAUCACGGAUGUCGUGGACGGUGUUUUCUUUUUCAACUAGUAGUGCACUUUGAAACCACCCUGCGAGCUUAAUUUUUCUCUGAGAACAAUGUUCUAGCUUUACUAGUGAUUCAAGAGUGAAUUUCGUCUCUUAUCCCCUACUUUGGACUUUAUAUAAUCCCCGUCCCAUAUUAAGUGAUUCAAAUUUGUCCA